UAUUUAAUUUUAUAAUUUUGAACCUUAAUGACAAGAAAAAACAAAAUGCGAGUAAGUAUAAAACCAGAAUAAAAUCCUGGAGAAAUCACAUUCCCGUUGAAUAUCUCGUUCUACAAUGUCGAACUCCAGUGAUAUUUUCAUCAAUGAUUCAUCAUGCUCCCAAAUACCGGCAGCGCAACAACUACGUCAAAAUGUUUUGAACUACCUAGAGAGGGAAAGACCGUUCCGGUAUGAUGAAAUAAGAUCGAGUCCAUCGUACUCUCCGAUUCCAGCAGCAUCAAGAGAAAGACCCUUUCAAUUCGAAGAAAGACCGAGCAGCAGCGGCCCUGAAAGAGUUCCUAAUAGUAAAAAACGAGGGACCAAAACUUUGUAUUCGUACAUUAAAAAGCCUGCAAAGGGUUUACAAUCGAAAGUAAUACGGAUCCAAAUCUAUGAUGCAGAAGAUUUAAAAAGUUCUAAAUUAUGUGAGUGUAGGGCUAAUGUAUGCGCUCAGCAUAUUGUUGAAAAUGUGUUUAACGAUGAUAUAUACAAGUGCGCAAAAGAUAUGAUAAGUAAAAUUCAAAAGAAACUGUAA